AUGCUGCGCUUAUCACACCUCUUCGAAGCUAACCGGCGCGAAGGUGAAGCCAUGCCCUCGCUACAGCCCGUCUCCGUCUCCCUCGCCCUCGCCAAACCACCGCCAGAGUCCCCAGAGUCGAUGGCCUCCUCGAACCCGGGCUCGCCAGUCACCUCGCUCUUCUCGGCCAGGACGCAUACUCGUUUUCCCAGCUCGGUCUCGUCGCUGGCCUCCUCUCCAGUCGUCGGCUCGACCGAGGCGUUUGGCGGGACGAAGACGCAGUUGACCGAAGUCAAGGAAGAACCGGGCGAGCGGGAGGUAAACUACGUCGAAGGAGAUGGCUAUUUCCCUCACUUUAAUGAUUUUCACGCAGCCGCUGCAGCCGCUGCAUGCGACGACAGUCACCUCUCGCUCGACUCUCACGACUUUGAAGAAACAGACGUCUUGGACACGAUCGGCUCGUUCAAGAAGCGGAGGUCGGACAGCAAGUCUCUUCGCGGGAUAACCAGGAUCAGCACUCGUUUCUCGUCGCUGUCGUCGAAAUGGAAGCAGCCAAAGGCUCCCUCGUCGAUCGCGGACACAGUCGCUACACGGUAUGAAGACUCGCUCAGAUCGCGCGCCAAUUCAGCGACGUCUGCACUCGUCAGUCCGGCCGCCAGCUUGAUAUCGGCGCGGCAGAGCUUCUAUGCUCCCUCCCCGGCAAGGACGACGUUCGAGGAACGGCUGAACGAGGCCGGGGUUGCGGGCCUCGAUAUCGACAAGGCCAACCAGACGUUUGACGGCGAGCCAGAACGACAUGCCAGAACGCCGCUGCUCCCACCGGUGAUGAUGGACCUGCCACACAUCGACAAGGAACAGCAUAUCGAUUCCCCGCUGGAGUCUCCGUCCAUCGCGCCAGCGUCAGAUUCCCGCGACACGCCCAGCCCACCAAUCACCUCCAUAAGUGACGUUAUGCCACCAUCGUCACCAAUCGUCUCUGCUCACCCGUCGAUGUCGUCCAUCAGUCGCCAGCUUGCCAUGUCACGCUUAUACUCCACCCGCAUCGCCAUAUCCGACUCCGUGGACGAAUGGUCCUGCAAACUGGGCCAUGCAAACUUCACCAUCUACCCGGAGCCCUACGUGCCCGAGAUCUGUGACAUGGAAGCCCUACACAACUUCCGCUCGAACUGGGAGGUAGCCCGAUGCAACUAUGCCAAACACCUUGCACGCACCGACGAACACUACGGCUCCACGUCGCAUAUAUACCAGCUCACGGAGGAGAAAUGGGGGUCCGUCAACAGUCAGUGGAAGAGCGACUACAGCCAUGUGGUCGCCAACCUCGAGGACGGCGACGGUAACCCUCUCUCCCUCAGCCCGUCAGAGGUCCUCCAUGGCUCUGAAGAAGCCGUCAAGAUACCCGGACUCCAUGACAAGAACAAGUUCCCGGACCUUGGAGAUGAAGACAUCGUCGGCCCCAUGUCCGUUGGCCCUGGCCUGCAGCAUUGCCGGUCUAGCGAUGACAGAUUCUUAUCCAAGAAGGCCAUCCUCAAGUUCUUACACGGUAUCUUCAGCCUCCGCAAGAGCUCUUAG